AUGCUAAAAGUCUCCCUCACCCUCACGGCCUCACCUCUCGAAAUUUACACGGCUCAGCCUCCAGCUCACUGCUCACGACCCUUUGCUCAAACGCUCAGUCAAAUCGUCUAUUCGCCGCCUCCAACAGUCCACGACAUAACCGAGGAUACCGCCGAGCCUCUUAGCCCGUCAGAUGGCUCCAGACUUGAGAGACUGGUCCAGCCCGCUGCGACCGCUGACUCUGCCGCAUUCCUUGUAGCGGUUGGCGCCGACUGA